GCAAAUAGCAAUUAAUGUACAAAAUUCAUUUUAUGAACUGCUAUUUCCAAAAGAGGGCGCCAGAGAGCCUCAACUAGAUUUAAAACAUCACGUGGUGACUGAGGCCUCCAAGCAGAGGACAUGUAAACACAGAGCUUCUCCUGUCCAUUUUGUUCUCUCCGUCUUUCUUCAUCGUGUCGCCUAAAAUUCCCAGAUUUUCAGCUUUGUUUCGUGAGCCUUAUUCAACCUGCACCAGUCAGCUGAGGCGACCAGGACAUCAGUGUAUUUCAGUCAUCAUGGACCAGAGUCCUGAUCUCCCACAUCGUUGCUGCCUGAGUCCAGAGGCGACCCUGAGGGAAAUCCAGCUCAACUUACUGGAGUGUAAAGUCUGCUUUGAGAUGUUUGACUCGCAACAGAGGGAGCGCAGACCACAGAACCUUUCCUGUGGUCAUGUACUCUGUCUGGAAUGCAUCACAGCUUUGUCCCACCCUCUCCUGAGGAAGCUGGAGUGCCCGUUCUGUCGACAGCUGUGCAGUGUUGACAGCACCUCCCAUUGCCAGGUUCUCAGUGACCUGCAGGAGCUCCUUUUGUCCCAGAAAUCCUCGUCCUCCGCUCCCCCUCAGAGGCCCAAAGGAGGAUUUAUCUCGGACACAGCUCUGCAUCUUCUUGCUGCGUUUGGGGGCUGGGGGACUCUCAUCAACCCCACUGGAAUCGCCGUUUUGGGGUCUGUGGGGGGAGUAGUCGUGGUGCAUGAUGGAGAGAAGAGAGUAGUGAUGUUUAACCAACAAGGGAGGAAGUUGCACAGUUUUGGCGAAAAAGGAACAGGCAAUGGGGACAUCUGUUACCCAGUGGAUGUGGCAGUGAGUCCUACUGGUUAUGUCAUAGUGACAGAUGCAGGGGAUAAAUCUGUGAAAGUUUUCACAUCCAGGGGAAUACACGUAGUGACGGUCAAAGAUUGCUUCCAACUUCCUUGGGGCGUGGACACAGACUUUUGCGGGCACAUCCUGGUUUCUGACCUCCAGGCUGGCAAUCUGAUCAGAAUUAAAGUGAACUUUAGUCACGGCAUUAUCCUGGAGAGUCAAAAAGUCCUAGACAACCUUCGUUGUCCCAAAGCGGUGGCUCACUGCCGAAAAAACGGAAACACAGCAGUGUUGGAGCAUCCAAGAGGAAGGCACCACAACAGAAAUUUGAAGGUGUUUACAAAAGACUUCCACCUUCUUUACCAGAUGGACAGCUUCAGCCUGAUCCUCCAAUCAUCCUUCAGGUUCAACAUAUCAGAUGUGGCUUUCAGCAGUGAUGGAGAUCUGGUUGUGUCUGACAGUGAUCAGGGGUUGAUUUGUAGUUUAGGAAACCUUCAGAACCAUCCAGUCCUGACUCCUCUUGUCGGGGUCCAUCUCAUUCGACCUGCCGGGUUGGUAAUACUGAAUAACACGCUCAUCACAGUGGAUGGCGGCGACCACACGGUGAAGAUUUAUUCUAGUAAACCCGGUGCUUGAUGCAACACGGUCAUUACAUAAUAAGAAACCAAGACGGGGUAAUGGAAAAACAGAAUAAAGUUUGUUUGAAGUAUUUUGUUGUUUUCAUGCUUUCUACUUAUAAAUAUUUCUGUAGAUUAACUUGUCUGUUUGAAGGAUGCUUAUUAUCUGCUGGGUGUACGUGAUGAGCAGGGUAAUCAAGAUGCCCUAAGAAGUUGUGAUUUAUUGUUUUCAAAUUUUUUUCCCUACUCUGAACAGAUGAGAAGCAGUCCUGUUUGUUUAAGUACAUUUUCCUGCUGUAAAGUGAACCUCCACCCUUCUACAUGCGUUUCUUCAUCUAUCCAUUAACUUCUGCUGUCUGGUGCCACAUCACUAAUACUUAAUGGCAAAAAUAAGAGAUGGAACUUUCCCCCUGAGUUUGCUCAGGUGGAAUGAGCAAAAUCUUCAAAACAGGUUCAUCCAACAAUGACUAUUAAAUGGUGGGACGACGACUAAAACCAGCCGAGUCUGAUUACUGAGUGUUAAAACAGAGGGAAAUAAGAGAUCAUGACGAGUAAAGCAACAACAAUAACAGUAAACACAAAAGUAGGAAACAAAACAACCCUGCCACAAAAGUCCAGAAAAAACAAAAGUAACAAAACGUUGCAUUCAAAAUCGGCACACAACGUUUAAAAGUCAUAGUAAUGGAACUGAGGUGCUGAUUGUGUCGCAAUUUCACUCUA